GCCCGGCUCACAGGUCUCCCUCCCUUCUUGAGCAGCAUGGCUUCCUCGCGGGCCCCCGCGAUGCGUGUCGUCCCGGGGCGGGCACCGCUUCCUCAGCCGGGCCCGGCUCCAUCCCCGCGGGCAACAAAAAACAAGCUCUCAGAGGACAGUGAUGCUCCCCCACCCAAGAGAUCCCAUAUCUUCUACGGCAGUUUGGAGGAGAAGGAAAGGGAACGUCUUGCCAAAGGAGAAUCAGGGCUGCUGGGAAGAGAUAGAGUGAAAGCUGCGAUUGAAGCAGGCAAUAUUAACAUAACCAGCGGUGAGGUCUUUGAUCUUGAAGACCACAUAAGUGAGCGUCAGGCAGAAGUGUUGGCUGAGUUUGAGCGCAGGAAGCGUGCCAGGCAGAUCAACGUUUCCACAGAUGACUCUGAAGUCAAGGCAUGCCUACGAGCACUUGGGGAGCCCAUCACGCUCUUUGGAGAGGGGCCUGCAGAACGGAGAGAGAGAUUGAGAAAUAUUCUCUCGGUGGUUGGCACAGAUGCCUUAAAAAAGACCAAGAAAGAUGAUGAAAAAUCUAAGAAAUCCAAAGAAGAGUAUCAGCAAACUUGGUACCAUGAAGGGCCCAACAGCCUGAAAAUAGCUAGGCUGUGGAUCGCCAACUACUCGCUCCCCAGGGCAACAAAGCGGCUGGAAGAAGCCCGUCUGUACAAAGAGAUUCCAGAGGCGACCAGGACAUCCCAGAAGCAAGAACUGCACAAAUCCCUGAGGUCCUUGAAUAAUUUCUGCAGUCAGAUUGGGGAUGACCGCCCGAUAUCUUACUGCCAUUUCAGUCCCAAUUCCAAACUCCUCGCUACAGCCUGCUGGAGUGGCCUGUGCAAGCUCUGGUCUGUGCCUGACUGCAAUCUUGUUCAUACUUUACGAGGGCACAACACCAACGUAGGAGCAAUAGUGUUCCAUCCCCAGGCUACUGUCUCCCUGGACAAGAAGGACAUCAACCUGGCCUCUUGUGCAGCUGAUGGCUCUGUCAAACUCUGGAACCUUGAAAGGUCAAAUUCUGAAAAAUGCAUUGAGUUGGACACAUGGCUUUGUUUUUCCAGCUAUGAUCACUCCUGGCGCCUCUGGGACCUGCAAGCUCAAGAGGAGAUCCUCCAUCAGGAGGGGCACAGCAAGGGGGUCUAUGACAUCGCCUUCCACGUUGAUGGCUCUCUUGCUGGGACUGGUGGCAUGGAUGCCUUUGGUCGGGUGUGGGAUCUACGUACUGGGCGCUGUAUCAUGUUCCUGGAGGGCCACCUGAAGGAAAUCUAUGGGAUUAACUUCUCCCCAAAUGGAUAUCACAUAGCAACUGGGAGCGGGGACAACACAUGCAAAGUGUGGGACCUCCGCCAGAGGAAGUGUGUCUACACCAUACCUGCCCACCAGAACCUGGUGACUGGAGUGAAGUUUGAACCUACGCAUGGUAACUUCCUGCUCACCGGUGCUUAUGAUAACACAGCCAAGAUCUGGACUCACCCAGGCUGGUCCCCUCUGAAAACGCUGGCUGGCCACGAGGGAAAAGUAAUGGGAUUGGAUAUCUCCUCAGAUGGGCAGCUAAUAGCAACAUGCUCAUAUGACAGGACCUUCAAGUUGUGGAUGGCAGAGUAGCUCUGAGCUGCCAGUGACUCAGGAUGGGGAAUAUCACAGACUGGGCUGUCCCUGCAUUUUUAUAUUAAAAAAAAAAAAAAAAAA